CUGGCCAUCGAAUCAUUCAACCAGUUCUCAUCUUCGAACUCCGAUGGGGAGCCUGUGGCGCGCGGCGCUUGGCAUGUCGGAGAAUUCCACCAACUACGACGGCGUCGAGUUUUGGUCCAACCCCGAGCGAAGUGGAUGGCUCACCAAGCAGGGCGAGUACAUCAAGACCUGGCGCCGCCGUUGGUUCGUCCUUAAGCAGGGCAAACUCUUCUGGUUCAAGGACUCCGCCGUCACACGCGCCUCUCGACCACGCGGUGUCAUACCCGUCGCCACGUGCCUCACUGUCAAAGGCGCCGAAGACAUCCUCAACAAGCCCAACGCGUUUGAGCUUUCCACGCGCUCCGACACCAUGUACUUCAUCGCCGAUUCCGAAAAGGAGAAGGAAGACUGGAUCAACUCCAUCGGUCGCUCCAUCGUCCAGCACUCGAGAUCCGUCACUGAUUCCGAGAUCGUCGAUUAUGAUAACAACUCCGCCAAGCGCUGAUGACGUGUUCUGCUAUCCACUUGCCUCUUUCGAUAUUACAUGUUCACAUAAUAUACAGCCAAUGGAAGGAAUUAAAGACUGAAGUACUGAAAUAAUGGCCUGAACAGAACGCACCUCAAUGAUGAUCACAACACCUAAUGGGGAAGGACGACCUUGUGUGAAAUUCAAGAACUCGGACAAUGUUAACAAUGAUACUUUCUCGUUAAAUUUUGGGUUUCUAUACAAAGUGCUAAACGGUUUCAGCAUUAAGGCUGCAGAAAAAAUGAAGAAAAGAAAAAUACAGCCGUCAAAUAUUUGUUUUUACAUUUUAGUAUAUUGAUAGGUAAAAUAUAUUCAUAAAAAUGAAAUGCAACUGAGGGCCAAAAAAAAAAAUUAUGAGAUUAGUCUUUCAAGCAGUAAGAAAUAACUUGGGAUUUG